AUGUCAUUUUUGAAGCCAUAUUUAGAGGGCCGUCCUACUACAGGAAAUCUUGAUGCUAGUGUGUCUAAUGAAAAUUCUCCUCUUCCAUCCCCGGAGAGUCCAUACGCUGAAAGCCAACCAUCCCCUGAAAGAAUACCAUCCCGCACCAAUACUCCUACGUCGAAUACAUCAUACAAAAGAAAGGCAAGUCCCAGUACUGAUAAUUACUUGGCUGAUAUGAUGGAUAUGAUGAAAAGCUCUCAAGAAAAUAGAAAGAAAAAGCAGGAACUGGAUGAAGUAGAUACAUUCUUUUUAAGCAUGAGUAAAACUAUGAAAAAACUCCCAAGACUGGAUCAAAUUCGAAUUAAAAUGGAUUUGCUUAAAGCUAUAAGUGAAGCAGAGAUCAAACAACUGGAGUCACAACAAAAUGUUUUGAGAACACCAAUUGCUAUCAGGAGUGACAGAAGCAGCCUAAACCGCCAUAAUGUAAAUUCUACUUUUGGGAGUUUGGUAUAA